GGCUGUCAGCGGCUGGAUGCAGCAGCAGCAGUUAGAAGCGCAUAUCACCUCUCACCUGAUGAGAGAGACUUUCCAACCUGCGCCUGCCUCACCUCUUUGUCCUUUGUGUGGCCCGGGGAGGGCGGCCAAUUCCUCUCCUGUAAGUGUAUGUUUGAAUGAGGGGGGUGGGGGGCAGAGUAGGUACAAAGAUGGAUAAUGUUAAGAGCGGCAUAUUAAGUCAUAUCAGACAGGGAAGACAUUAAAAAAAAAGGGAGGAAAUUGCAGGAAGACCAAACUUGAAAACUGGCAAGAUGCAGAGCUUUGUGUGAAAGUGGGUGACUGUUUUGGGAGGGAAACAGUGAGACCAAAGGAGGAGGAGGAGGAGGAGGAGGAAGAAGAAGAGGGGAGGUCUGAGGUCUGUGGGGACAAAGAGAAGCUGGCCAGGUGAAGCGAGUCUCAGUCAGCGCUGGUCAUGACCACAGCUCCAUGCCGAUAGCCACGAGAAGGGAGCAGACUGAGUGAGGAGCCGUCAAGGGACACAGGAUGGUGAGGUGCUGGAAACAUUCAGAAAACCGUUUGGAGGAAGCACAGUGCACGGAUGGGGGCUCUGCUGCGUCCCCCCAGUCCCACUUCCCACACAAGGCAUUCUGGGUCAGCCUCUCAGCCUCUCUGCUCCUGGUUGUCAUUACCCUCGGUUUGACGGGGUACCUCGGGAUGUCGCAACCCCACUCUCAGUCUUUACAGAUUGUGAGAAUCGCAGCUCCAGAUCAGACUGGAGCUCUGAUCAAUCAGUCGGCCGUUGUGGACCAGCAGAACGACCUGGUGACCUUUUCCGUGACCUCACCAGCAAAUCAGACGUCCACUGUGCUGUUUGAUAUCAAACAUGGUUUGAUUUGUUACAAACCAGUCGAGCAGGACAGCUGCCUCCUGCGAAAGAUGGAGCCGUCCGAUUAUGACAACGUGCACUCCCUCCUUCAUGAGUCAACACACAAGGCCCGGGCAAACAGAGGCUGGUCUACUUCUGCAUCGACAUCUGCUUCCCCAGCAACAUCUGCGUGUCUGUCUGUUUCUACUACCUGCCAGAGUGACUGUGUGUAUUCAAUUCUUCUCCUCCCGGCAAAAGAUCAGGGAAGCAAAGUUAUCUUUAUAGCUCUCCUUCUACAAGAAAAAAAAACAGCUUUGACUGUUUCCUUUGUGCCAUACAGCCGCCAGUUAACCAGUGAAGCAGCCAGUCCUUCCAGUCUGUUUCCAUCCUUCCGAGAGAGAAGAGAUGGAGACAGACUGUCACGGUUAUCGCCAAAGCCCCAUCGUCACUCCCUUCAUGUCUAAUACCCUCUGGUGGCACACUUCAGAGAUUACAGAAGAAAGAUCCCUUUUUUUUUUUUUGUAUACACCUCUAAUUGUAUUUCCUGUAACCCACUACUGCAGUGUAAUUAUGUGUAACCAUUCCUGUUGCGAUGUGA